AAUGCCAACAUGGACCCGUGGCAAGGACGGGAUGUGAGUGUGCUGCGACAAUAACACGACGGAAAAAAAGGAAAAACACGAAGGAUUAGAAAUCCCAUCGACGCUGCUGCUUUUUCUUCAGCGAGCCUCCUCGAAAACUAAACACGGUUUUUGUGAUCCUGCUUCUGGAUAGAGUUUCCACCACAUCCUCUCCUCUGCGUCGGGGGCCUGGAUCAAUGGUGUCUCUCGGCAGCAGAACGCUCAGCUUGGAGAAUGACCUGUUCAGGGACGGCAGCCUGUUCUCCCUCGGACUGGGAGACGGCGCCUGCAGCGAGGGGGGCAGUUCAGCCUCCUGCGACAGCCCCGAGGCAGGGCAGCAGGGGGCUGCGCACGUCUGCAGUCCUGGAGAGGAGGAGGAGGAGGAGGAGGAGGAGGAAGACGAGGAGGAGGAUGAAGACGAGCAAGACGGGAUGCGUCUGCUUAUUUUCCUAGGGGAGGAACCGGAGAGUCAGGAGCCUAAGCUGCCAGAAUUCCCGUUCCAUCCCUCGUCUCCGUUCUCCCCGACCCUGGAAGACAUAGAGGAGUUCUUGAGGGAAAAGAUGGAACUUGUGAAAGAGGGGCUGCUUGCCCCAAAAGAGGAGGCCUGCCCCCAACCAUGUAGUAACACCACCUCCUCAACUUUCCCCCCAGCUGCUUCCUCAGAGUCCGGCACUGACCUAGAGACUCGAGCCUGUCGCUCCACGUCAAACCCAGACGCUCCUAAAAAGGAGCAGAGCAGGCCCGACCCGGCUGACCCUAACCCUCCUCCCCGAGUUAACCCAUCACCCUCAACCUCACCUUCACCCUCCACCUCAACCCCGCCGAUGCUCCUCGGCAGUCCACUGGUGCUCCAGCUCCAGCCGCUCCCUUUGACCCAGCCGCAGACCCCAGCAGGCUCCCCCCCUGGGGCCCAGAGUGGCAUUUGGCUCACGCACCUGGUGAUGGGCCUGCAGGGUGCAACAGGACAAAACGUCACCCUGCUGUCCCCGCAGGUUUCCUCCUCCUCCCCCACCACCCUGUUCGCACUAAACAGCCUAGAUGGCAAGCCAGUUGACCAGAAGUACGUGAAGAUCGCCCCUCUGCCCAUCACUAUGAGGACUCUAGAGAUCACAGGUUUGACAGCGGUCGGAGGACAGGGCGGCGGUGUGUUUAAGGCCGCGCCCCCCCGGGUGACGAGAGUGCCGCCCACAGAGAGGGUCCACAAGUGCUCGCACCCAGGCUGCGGGAAGAUGUACACCAAAAGCAGCCACCUGAAAGCUCACUUCCGUCGGCACACAGGAGAGAAGCCCUACACAUGUAACUGGCCGGAUUGUGGGUGGAGGUUCUCCCGAUCUGAUGAGCUGUCUCGUCACCGUCGCUCGCACUCUGGCGUCAAGCCGUACGAGUGCUCACUGUGCGAGAAAAAGUUUGCCCGUAGCGACCACUUAUCCAAACACACCAAGGUCCACCGCAGCUCCCGGCCCAGCAGGAUAAUCAGAGCCACUGUGUGACCCCCUUCAGCUGGUCUAAACUCUGCCCUGCACCGCACCAACCCAGCACAGCCAGCCCUACCUGACCUGGUUCUCGGUUUUGACCGGGGUUGGGGUGGGGGGGGAUCCCUCAGGACUUUUGAUGCUUCAUAAGCAAAAACUUUCAGAAGAAUCUUGAGCUGGCUGGUUUUGCCUACUCACAGUUUCCUUCCCUUCCCUUCCUCCCUGCUGUUUAUCUUUUCACUGCUCCUUAUGAGCAACUCCUCCUGAUUCUGAUUGAACUGCCGACUCAGGAGGAGCUCAGAUGAAAGUGGACUUCCUAGCCUUCAAGUAUAGCAUACAGAUACAAUAAGGACACGCAACAUUGGCCCCUUUUUGCAAUCACUGCUUGCCUUCUGUUCCUGUUACCAAGCUACCAGGUGCUGUUCGAAGUAGGUUGGUAAACAGUGACAGGAGUAGGGAGCUCAAUCAUUUCCUGUCUCAUUUUCCCUUCUUCGUCAAAGCCAAAAUUCAGGGUCCACACUUGGGAAGCUUCCUAACAUUUUUCUACCUUACUAAAUUGAAUAUUUAGUCUACUUAGUGUAAAAUCGAUGCUCUGUGUGCUACUCAUCAGGCUUCCAAUGCACAUCAUAACGAAGUACUUAAGGCAGCGGGAUGAAUGCUUUUAGAGUGACAGUGCUCCCUAAAUGAUCAGUAGGACUCUUUAAAUAAGUAGACAUUGUCUUUGUCAGACAUAACUUGGAGCUUAGCUCACAAUUUGGCCACACCGAUGAUAGGAGUUUACGAUGUUUUUGCAUCCAAUCCUGGCCUUUAUUGCAAUCGUCCAAUCCUAAAGCCCACCCUAUUUUGACACAUACACUAUGCCUUCUCUCAGCCCCAGUAUGACCUAAUGUGUAUAGAUGCCUUUUGUCCAUAUCAUAGAACCUCUCUUGACCCUACUGGUAUCUUGGUUAUGACUGCUCUUAUUUAACUGUGGUUCUGAGGUAGGGGGUUGCCAAACCAGAAAUCCCUGUUCUGGACAUGUGAGAGCAUGGAAAAACGACACCCUUUGGUGCGUGACAGUUUAUAAGCUCCUUUGUUCCCUGAAAUUCUCUUGAAAUCAUUGUGCAGCCGACUUAUGUGGCCUAGGAAACGUCUCGGUCUAUAUGUUACAUGUGAUCUGGAAUGGUGCAGAAGUGAUGUAAAAAAAACAAACACUGCUCCCUGUUAUUUACGGUAGCGAUUACUGUAAAACCUUUUUUUUGUUUGUUUGUUAUAGCAGCGAGAAAAGCUAAUAGGUUUAAACAGCUGGCGAGGCAGCUUAACAUUUAUUCUAUCAUCUGUAUUAGUGUAUUUAAUAUGAUGUGUACUUAACAUAACGUACAGGAAUAACAUGUACAGCUUGUAGCCUUUAUAUAAAUGUUCUUUUUUUUUUUGUAUCAAAGAGGAUCUUCCAUCAGUGCAUUAAGCUAUAAAGUCGUGUUUUCUGGAGAGGUUUCUGGGUCUCGUUAUGUGAGUUUGAUUGUAGCGUGAUCAAUCUGUGGAAUGUCAGGCUGAAUAUGGUCUGGGAUUUGCGGUCCCACUCUAUCCAUUCACAAACCGUUAAGCUGAGUCUGCUGCUUUUCAAGUGCACUUGUGUUGGUGGAGAGUCAGAAACAGUCAUAGUGCUCUUAUGGCAGUUCCAUGAAAUAUAGUGGAACCACCCAAAAAAAAAAAAAAAAAAAAAA